AUGGAGGCUAAAGAGAAGUGCAAGAAGGCACUAGCUGAUGCAAAAAGGAAGAGGGAGGAGAAGACUGUUCGUGAGCUAGAAAUUAGAGAGGAAGUUCAUGUAUCUAGGGUUGGAACAGAUUCAGAUGAAGUCACCUGUGUUGGAAGUUCAGAGCCCCACAAAUUAGGACCCAUUGACAAAUGGACACGUGCUAUUGAUCCUAAAGCUACCAACUCUAAGGAGAUGUCACAUGUCUCACAUACCAAUGAGGUCAUCUUUGAUCUUGUGGACAAAGCAAUUGAAGAGAUUGGUCCGGACAAUGUGGUGCAAGCGAAGUUGUUUGACAAUGCCUCUAACAACAUGGGAGCAAAGAGGCUAUUGGAAAGAGAAGAGACACACAUAUUUUGGACCUCUUGUGCAACUCACACAAUCAACCUUAUGCUCCAAGGAAUUGGCAACAUGACUCGGUUCAAGAAAGUGGUUGACCAAGCAAAGGCAUUUACCAUAUUUGUCUAUGGCCACACAAGGACAUUGGAGUGCUUGAGAUACUUCACAGAGGGGAAAGAGAUACACACUAAGAAGAGGAAUAGACUUACUACAACCCGCCUCAACAAGUUGGUGUAUAUCCAAUUCAACUCCAAGCUGCUUAGUAAGAGAGAAAAGAUCAAGUCAAACAAAAUCACUGAUGUUCUCUUGUCUAGUGAUACAACUGAAGCUCAAGGUUUUCUCCAAGAGGGUGGGGAUGAUUGUACAUUAGUUGACUUUAGAGAUGGGGAGGAAGCUAAGAUAGAAGGUACAGGGAUACCUUGGUCUGCCAUUGGAGAGGCAGUGGGAGCAGAUGAACAGCUUCAGCUGCGUAGAAGUGCAAGAGUGAGGGAGCUCUAUGAAGGAGAAGAAUUUGAGUCUGAAGAAGAAGAGUAUGACGAUGAGGAUGUGUACUACAGUGAAGAAGAAAUAUGA